CCUGGCAGUAGAGUGUCGUAGCCCAGAGGUCAGACAUCCGUCAGCGCCGCCUCAUGCGGAACGAGAGCGCCAUCCACCCAUCUGUUGACCGCCCGACUCAGUCUGAUUUGCCGUAGCGCUUAAAAGCCCGACACCCGGUUACUCAGCCGUCUCGUCCGCUCACUGUUUGGACUGUGCAGUCAGGCUUUUUAUAGUUACAAUCGAGAGUAAUAAAUUGCGGGUUGAUAGGACCGAGGCUGCGAACAAAGAAUUCUAAAAGAGAGCCAAUUCCACCUUAAAUGUCAAUUGCGUCUGUGGCUGAGAACUAGACGCCAUUUUCGGUCUACCUUAAGCGCACAGUGUGUCUAACUAACGCAAGCGUACCAGGCAAGCUUACGUCCUCGUUCUCCAGCCGGGGUUCGCACUCUGGUUUCCAGCUUUGACACAGCGUCACUUGUGAAACAACAGAGGGGGAAAAGACGCACUCGGGCCAAAGCCCAUCCGCACCAACUGGAUAAGAUGCCUGAGCCCAAUAAGUACCGAGAGUGGAUCCUGGAAACAAUCGACUCUCUCCGCUCGAGGAAAGCCCGUCCCGAUCUGGACAGGAUUUGUCGAAUGGUCCGGAGGCGACAUGGGUCAGACCCGGACCGAACCAGGACAGAACUGGAAAAACUAAUUCAAGAGCAGACGGUGCUCAAAGUUAGCUACAAGGGGUCCAUAUCGUACCGAAACGCAGCCAAGGUACAGAGGAAAAGCAGAAAGAAGAGUGAGUUUACGGCCGCUGGCAGCAGCAGCGCGGAGGCAGCGAGGGAGCGGACCAAACACGACCAUCUGAACAACAACGGCGACAGUGCGCACAGCUUCACCGACCAGGAGGAGGGAGAGGAGGACUCGGAGCCCAGCCCAGAUCCCCACUCUCAAACAUCAGCCAGCACCACUGGCAAGAAGCUCGAGUCUGCCUCCAGCCUGAGUAGCGGAAACAAAUGCCUCAGUUGUGGCGCAACAACGGGUUGCGCUGUCGGGAGCGGCUGUAAAGAGGAAAAAGCAAGUGCACCGAAAGACAAGGGAUCAGGACAGCAGGGAGUCGGGGACUGCCCGUCAACCAGUCUCGAGCACAGAACAAGCGCACACGACGCCGGUGAUGGCAGCAGGACAGCAUCAAGCAGAGCCGACGCCGUUCGCGGAGGGAAGGAGCCUGGUUUGUCCGGAGCUGACACCCAGAACAAAACUUGCUCAGGGAGCGUCAGCAGCCUCGGUCAACAACAGAGGCAGAAUCAGACUGCUCCCCUCAAGCCCAAACUUCGAGUCGGAGGAGGGGGCAGCAAAACAGCUGGGAACCACGCCAACUCCGACCUGGGAGACAGAUUGGUGGCUUCUGUUCGCAGUCUGUCCGAGAGGAGCCUGCGAGGGGGCGCCGCCGCCAUACCUCCUCAGGCUUUAACAGUGAGUUCUACGUUACUGGUCAUCUCAAAAUGCUUAGAGUGUAAGACUGAGGUUGGGGUGUCGUCUUGCCUGCUCACACCCACCGCCUCCCCGAGAGACUCUGGCCUGUCUGAAGAACGAGGGAUAAAUGGAGGAGUUAGCACUGGCGGGUGUGUGAAGUCCGAGGGAGCCAGUGGAAGCCCAGUGGACUGGACGGUGUCUGAUGUGGUCAGUUAUUUCACCGCAGCAGGUUUCCCUGAGCAGGCUGCAGCCUUCAGGACCCAGGAAAUCGAUGGAAAGUCUCUUCUCCUCAUGCAGCGUAACGAUGUUUUGACUGGCUUGUCAAUCAGGCUCGGUCCCGCCCUCAAGAUUUAUGAGCGUCACGUAAAGGUUCUGCAGAAAACACACUUUGAGGAUGAGGACUGCUAACAACUCGCACACGAAAUACAUACAGAGACAAGUUAUACUUGUAUAUAAGUAUAACUCAAGUAAUCCUAUAAAAAUGCAUGCAUGGUAUACAAUACGCUUCAUUUUUCAUCUCAUGGCAAACAGCACACUCUUCCUCCCUGGGCCUCUACAACUACUCUGAUCUAUAAAGGACAAACAGAGAUGAGACUGGAAUUCCUGCACAACAAGGAAUUUCAUCCAAACAAAACACAAACGUUGGAAACUAGGAAAUCAAACUCAUAAAAGUUUAAGAUGCAGAGGUUCAAAACACUCAUGCAGUUUCUUUUUUUUUAUUUACAGCGAUCAAGCACUUUGCAAUUUCAUCAUUAAACUGUUCUAGAUGGAGGUUUUUUUUUACCUGUUCUGCACUGGUCUUUAUGCACAUUUUAAAUGAGGUUGAGGUUAUUAUGUGAAAUUCCAGAAAAUUUUGGUUUAUUCUUUGGGGCUGUCAUGUGAGGGUUUCUGUGAUGUGAGAUGUGAGUGUGUUUGUCAUUAUACACACAGCCAGAUUGAACAGCAACACAUUAGGAGCAAACCUGAAUCAAUAAAUUCCCAGAAA